CCGGCCAUUAUUGUCUGCUCCCUCCCCUCCGCCUCUCCCUCUUCAUCUGCAGCCACAACCACCGCCGGCUCCGUCCCUCAAGAACCCACCACCACCAUCCAUCAUGGCCUCGCCGGAUCGCCACCCCAAGCGCCGCCGCCGCCUCACCCCCGCCCCGCCGCCCCUCCACUCGCUCGCCGACGAGCUCCUCUUCCUCGUCCUCGACCGCGUCGCCGCCGCCGACCUCAAGUCCUUCGCCCUCGCCUCCCGCUCCUGCCACGCCGCCGAGUCGCGCCACCGCCGCCGCCUCCGCCCGCUCCGCGCCGCCCUCCUCCCGGCCGCGCUCGCGCGCUACCCCGCCGCCGCCACCCUCGACCUCUCCCUCUGCCCGCGCGUCCCCGACGCCGCCCUCGCCGCCGUCUCCUCCUCCGGAUCCUCGCUCCGCGCCGUCGACCUCUCCCGCUCCACCGGGUUCGGCGCGCCCGGCCUCGCCGCGCUCGCCGGGGCCUGCCCGGACCUCGCCAACCUCGACCUCUCCAAUGGGGUCGAUCUGGGCGACGCCGCGGCGGCCGAGGUGGCGCGGAUGCGCCGGCUCCGCAGGCUCUCCCUGUCCCGGUGCAAGGCGAUCACCGACAUGGGCCUCGGCUGCGUCGCCGUCGGCUGCUCCGACCUCCGGGACCUCUCGCUCAAGUGGUGCCUCGGCCUCACGGAUUUGGGGAUCCACCUCCUCGCCCUCAAGUGCAAGAAGCUCGCAUCCUUGGAUCUCUCCUACACCAUGAUCACAAAAGAGAGCUUACCUGCUAUCAUGAAGCUACAAAAUCUUCAGGUGUUGACACUGGUUGGAUGUGUGGGAAUUGAUGAUGAUGCCCUUGGUUGUUUAGAAAAAGAAUGCAGCAAAUCGUUGCAGGUGCUUGAUAUGUCCCAUUGCCAGAAUGUCACUCAUGUGGGAGUUUCAUCCAUAGUCAAGUCGACACCAAAUCUACUGGAACUGAAUCUAUCAUACUGCUGUCCUGUUACUCCUUCCAUGGUGAGCAGCUUCCAUAGGAUUGCUAAAUUGCAGACCCUGAAGCUGGAAGGCUGCAAACUCAUUCCUGGCGGACUAAAAGCCAUAGGAACUUCUUGUGUUUCUAUUAAGGAGUUAAAUCUGAGCAAGUGCUCUGGAGUGACAGACAUGGAACUUUCUUUUGCUGUCUCAAGACUAAAGAAUCUACUGAAGCUAGACAUCACCUGCUGUCGCAAUAUCACCAAUGUUUCAUUAGCUGCCAUCACUAGCUCAUGCACUUCCCUUGUCUCUCUGAAAAUGGAGUCCUGUAGCCGCGUUUCCAGUGAAUCACUCCGACUGAUUGGAAAGUGCUGUCCUCAGUUGGAGGAGUUGGAUCUUACUGACACGGAUUUGGAUGAUGAAGGGUUGAAAGCUCUCGGUGCAUGCAGCAAACUUUCAAGUCUAAAGAUUGGCAUUUGCUUGAAGAUAAGUGAUGAAGGCCUUACCCACAUUGGCAAGUCUUGCCCAGAACUCCGAGACAUUGAUUUGUACAGGUCUGGAGGCAUUAGUGAUGAAGGAGUUACUCAAAUAGCACAAGGCUGUCCAAUGCUAGAGGCUAUCAAUCUAUCCUACUGUACAGAAAUAACAGACAGUUCACUGACUGCACUCUCAAAAUGCACAAAGCUGAAUACACUGGAGAUCCGUGGCUGCCCCAGGGUUUCAUCCUCUGGGCUCUCAGAAAUCGCAACGGGAUGCAGGCUACUUUCCAAGCUUGAUAUUAAGAAAUGCUUUGAGAUCAAUGAUGUGGGGAUGCUUUACCUUUCCCAGUUCUCUCAUAGCCUCCGUCAGAUAAACUUGUCGUACUGCUCGGUCACCGAUAUUGGACUUCUUUCCCUGUCUAGCAUAUGUGGCUUGCAGAACAUGACCAUUGUACAUUUAGCGGGCAUCUCACCUAACGGAUUGAUAGCUGCUCUUAUGGUCUGUGGUGGCUUGACAAAAGUGAAGCUCAAUUCAGCAUUCAAAUCCAUGAUGCCUCCUCAUAUGCUAAAAAAUGUUGAGGCGCGUGGCUGUGUGUUCCAGUGGAUUGACAAACCAUACAAGGUUGAGAUGGAACCGUGUGAUGUAUGGAAGCAACAGUCACAAGCUGUACUUGUACGAUGAGUAGGUUUCAAGAGUAGCUACUGUGUGGCAAGCAGGGAGGGUAUUUCAACUUGGGUGAUCGACGACGAUUCUUGACUGGGAUUCUGAAGUGGAGCCUGGUGAUCCUAAGGAAUGAGCUCAAAGUUUUGUAUUGUAAUUGGCGGGGUGAGAUUUUGACAUAAGUAUGUUGUUGUACACUAGUAUUAUAGAUGAGUAGAUAUAGAUCCAGCAAUCCCUUUGCAUGUACUACUUUUGCAAAGCAGUAUAUAGAUGGAAGAAAGAGUUUGAUGUUGAAGAGAUGUGCUACGGUUUCUUUCUUGUGUGAUGAGAUAUGGGAGUUGAAGUUUACUGCGAA